AUUGUAAGGCUCUCGAAAACGUAGAUCCAGCUCUGAAUGAGAUACGGUGACAUAUAUUUGCACCGCUCAAUAUUAAGUGAACAGUCAGAAUAAUAACGCUUUUACAUAAGGAGAAGUCUACAAGAUACUAGUUACUAUACAAGAUAAAAUGAGCAAUAACGAUUUAUGGGUACGUGAUGUCCUUGCAAGUUAUGGAAUAAUCGCGUUAAUCAUCUUGUGCAUCGCCAUCUGGAUAAUUCAAAAAUGGUCAACAGUGCGGAAGGAUACCUACAAAUCUUAUCUUCUGGGAUUCGAGAUGGAAUGCGCCGAACUGAGCAGUCCGUACAAGGAGCAUCUCUUCAAAGCAUUGCGAUAUAUCGUUUCCAACGAUCAAGUGUUGCGCUCUAUGGGCUCCAUUCGCAUCCUCGAAAUUGGUGUUAAAACCGGCGAAAACAUUCAAUUUUAUCCGGAAGGUACUCACCUCAUCGGUGUCGAUUGGAAUACCAAAUUAGGCGAAUAUCUAGUCAAAGGAAAUCGUUCGUGGCAAUUUUCUCAUAUAAUUAUCGAACGGCUAAUAAUAGGUGACGGAAGCUCCAUGAAAAAAGUAUUGACGGGAUGCGUCGACGUGGUUGUAACAACUAGAUCAUUGUGUUCUGUGAAAUCAGUACAAUCUACCCUUCAGGAAAUUCGACGAGUGUUAACUCCGGGUGGAAAAUAUAUUUUUGUGGAACAUGUCCCAGAGAAGGAAAGCACUUUCGUACGAUGGUUACAAAUAGUGUUGACGCAAACUGGCAUAUGGCCCUCUUUAUUUGGAGAUUGUCGCUUGGAUAUUAACUGCGUUACAGAUAUAAAAAAUGCUGGUUUCAAGAAAAUAUCAUGGACAUUCUUAGAUCUGGACGGAUAUGUUUCGCAUCCGCUUUACUUAACUCUCUCCAGACAGCAUGUAUUUGGCAUAGCAACGAGAUAAAGUCAUAUAUCAUUAAUGCCUAUUAUUAGCCGUUCGAUUAAUUAAUAAACAUCAAAUUUUCAAUGGCCAAAACACACACAUACACACACACACACACACACACAUACACACGCGCGCGCGCGCAGUGUAUAAAUUUUAUGUUUCAACACAUCUUACGUCAAAUUCUUUCUAAAUUCUUUUCUAGAUCCUUUCUAAAUUUAGAUAAGAGAUAAAAAUUUAUUUUGUAAAAAUAAUAUCUUCUAAUCAAGGUACGCGGAAAAUAAAACUUUUCUUCACAACAAUACAAAAUCCAUUUGUCUCAAUCGUUAACUAUUUAAUCCAUAAUGUUAUAACAUACAUUUAGAAUAUAAUUUUAUUCUUAAUUAAAGAUACAUAGUUUUUUCUAGAUAUACAGUUAUUUAUUGAUUAUCGAAGCAAAAAGAGAGCCUUUAAUAUAUUUUACAGAUCUGUUCCAUCGAGAUUGUAAAUAUUAUCGAAAAAUAUUUUCAUCGUAAUAUAUUUUGCACAAAAAAAAUUUUAUCAUUUUUAUCAAAAAUUUUUUAUUUUUCUGAUGUAGUCAAUCCAUAUAGGCACUUAUUAUUUGAUAAUAAUUAAAUCAACAUAUAAUUAAAGCAAAAACAAAGCUGAAAUUUGCAAUGUAUGUUAAUAUAUUACAAUAUCGUGAAUAUGACAUAACCGAUGGAUUAUAUGUACAUCUAAUAUUAUUAUAUAUACAUACAGAAGUUAAUUAAAGAAUUAUAACAACUUUUAUGUUUAGAAUAUUAUGCGAUUAACAUUACAUGAAAGACAAUAAAUAACAAUAAAUUGCAUUUAAAUAAAAC